AUGUUAAUGUUUAAAAGUCAGACAUCGCCCUACUUCAGGAGGGUUCUUUUGGCUUUCAUUUGUCUGUUCAUUAUUUUCUGGGCCACGGUCUCACUCCACCCACUAUACUUCAUACGAGACGUGAAGUCCAUUGUGACAACUCCCAGUGACAGGCUAAGCUCACCACGAUAUGCAUUCGCUACGAUCUUGACUGCUGAAGGCGAUGUCGAAUACCCGGCCGUGGAAGAGCCUUACCUGAAAGCGGCAAGACUACUUACCUAUCAACUGCUUCACAACCCUCGUACUCGCAACGGCAGUCAUGAGAUCCCAUUUCUUGUUCUCGUGACACCUGACGUUCCUCAAACACACCGAGAAAUUCUCAAAAAUGACGGGGCAACUAUAGUCCCAGUCGAAAGCUUGGGGCGUGACUGGAUUCAUCCGAAAUGGGGUCGCUGGAGUGGUGUGCUAGCCAAAUUGAAUCUAUGGAAGCUUGAACAAUAUGAAAAGAUUGCGUUUCUUGAUGCCGAUUCUGUCAUCUUCCGCCCAAUUGAUGGAAUAUUCGAGAGUCCAGAGACCAACCUCCGUGACACACUUACGCCCAAACUCAACACAACCGCCCAAUUACCAGAGCACUACAUGAUCUCUGGUAUCCACGAUCCUUGGAUGGAAGAGUUUAUGCCUCCCGUGGAAGGUGAUGAGUUUUAUGAGAAGAAUAACUACAUGAAUGCAGGGUUCUUUGUUUUGCGACCAUCAAAAACCUUGUUCGACUACUACGUUUCUAUUCUUGACACCCCCGAUCAGUUCGACUCUGCGUACCCUGAACAGAACCUACUCAAUUGCGCUCAUAGAACGGAUGGACCAAUGCCAUGGCAAGAUCUUGGCCCUGGCUGGAAUUUCAAAGGAGGUUCUCAAUCUGAUUACGAAGGCGGGCUCAAAUCUAUUCACCACAAGUGGUGGCGGCCUAUAGGAGAUGGAUAUAUGGCUGCACGCAUUGCAAAUGCGAUGGAAGAAAUGGAAAUCUACUUCCAAGAAUUGAAGGGCCAAGCGGAAGGCCUCUCAUGA